AUGAAAGGUCUUCUGGCUAUUCUGAUAUUCCUGGUUGUGGUGGAGGAGUGUUUGGCAAGUCAUAGACAUCAUCUGAAGAGACAUCGGAGGAAAAUCAAUCCAAAAAGGAGGAUUAUGUAAGUGAAGCGUGAUUACUCAUUGCGCAAUCUCCUAAUUUCUCUUUUAAUGCUGUUUUUUACUGUGGUAUGGCUGAGGGAUAGUGGUGAGAGUCCGUUUAUUCAUGAGAGACACUUUAUGAAUACCUUUAAAGAGCAAAAACUCCGAUAUUACACUAGUCUAAUAUCACAAUUUUUUUUAUCAUGAACCCCGUCAAAAAACGUAAAGUAUAAUACUUUUUCAUUUUUUCUUUUGUUUUUUUUUGUUCUUUUUUUUCUUCCAACUUUCGAAUGAUACACCGAAAAAUGGCAAAAAGAAUGCACUUUUGGCCAUGUUUUACAAACCCUACUACAAUAUUUGCGAAGUAGCGAAAAAAUCUGUUUCAAUUUGUCAAAGCCAAACUAAUUUUUGGUUCUAUUCACAAUACAACAGGCCGCACAUGACUACUCUAAAUGUCUCUCUUUCAGUUGUGUAAAUGGCCAAGAAGCCGAAGGAAUCUGCACUUGUAACUAUGGAUUCGUCGGAUUGCACUGUGAAUACAAAAUGUUCUGCAGUACCUACCAACGACACGACAAUGGAAGCUGUUUAGGAUGUGAUCCUCAUUACGAGGGCCCUCACUGUGCAGAUAUUGUUUGCAUUAAUGGGGAGCGAGCGCCCCAAGCAGUGCAAACUUGUAUUUGUAAGCAGCCCUACAAAGGGCAAUAUUGCGAUGUUCUGGAGACCGAAGACGUCUAUUAUCUUUACAAUUCAAAAGUAAGACUAUUUAAAGAGCGGUGAGCUUAUCCGUACUAACUUCAAAAUUCUGUUUUUUACGACCACUUUUGUGUUACCUACCUAGUACAAUAUAAAUUAUACCAUAAUUCUUUCAGGUGUCCAUAAUUGGACCUCUCGGAGCUCUGCUGAUCAUCCCUAUGAUCGCAAUUUACUAUGGAUGUGAGCAUUAUGCCCGGAAGCGGCAAGUGAAGAGGAUCAAGAAGACCUGGGCAGAUCAGACAACCUUGAUUGUGGACGACAAAAGGAUCAAAACCUUAUUGUAUUAG